CGGUUGUACGUAUUUUCAGAUGUGGUAGGCAGGGGAAAACAUUCUCUAACUUCCACCUUGAUCAAUGCAAGGUGUGCUUUUCUCCCUUUAUAUAGGUAUUUUCAUUAUGACUUCUUUUCGGAAAUGCUUUGGUUGAAUGCAUCCAUGGUUUUCGAAAAAGUUUGUCUUCUGUCAAUCUCAUUCCAUGAUGAUUGCUUUUGAUUUGAUGUUUUAAAUUCCUUUGUUGGAUACUAGAUAAAAUGCCUCCUUCAGUUAAAAGGCAAGACUUUAAACAAAAUUAUGAAAUAACUACGAAUGAUUAUAUUCGUCAAAUAAAGUGUGUUUUGGUUGGUGAUGGAGCUGUUGGUAAAACAAGCUUAAUUAUAGGAUAUACAACUAACGCCUAUCCUAAGGAAUAUAUGCCGACCGCCUAUGAUAAAUAUAGAGUGGUAGUGAAUGUAAAUAACAAGCCAAUUAGAUUGCAAAUCUGUGAUACUGCUGGACAGGAUGACUUUGAUGCUUUACGUCCACUCUGCUAUCCCCAUACAGACGUCUUCCUCCUAUGUUUUAGUGUUGUGUACCCCACUUCAUUUUUUAACAUUGCGGAAAAAUGGAUUCAUGAAAUUAAACAUUACUGUCCAAAAGUACCAAUCAUAUUAGUCGGUACUCAAAGUGAUCUAAGGACAGACAUUAACACAUUGAUAGAGCUUGCUGAAUACAAGGAGCAGCCAGUGAGUAUUUAUCAAGCCAAAGCUCUUGCAGCCAGCAUUGGAGCAAUAUCUUAUGUGGAAUGUUCAGCAUUAACUCAAAGAAACCUUAAGGAAGUAUUUGACACCGCUCUUCUCGCUGGUUUGCGAGCAGAGAGUCAUUUGGAUUACUCUUCUGAUAACAAUUCACAAGCAAAGACAAGCAAUUCAUCUGUGAUAAAUUCCAAUCACAACUAUGUGAGAUUAAACAGAAGGAAAAAGAAGGGAUGGAGAAAGUUAUGCUGUUUUUCAUAAAAUAAUUACAAACAAGAGAUCACAAUAAUCCAAGCAAUAACAAGUUUUAAAAUACGAUCAAUAGUGAAAAUGGAGAUUGGAUAUUCGAAACCUAUAUGCAAUUCUUUUAUACAAAAUAAUGAGAAUAACUAGAAUUUCUUUUCUCCAUAAAAAGUGCUGUCAUAUUAGUUAAACAUGGCUUUUCAAAGCUCUUUUGCCAAGGAAAAUAAAUACCACAGUUGAAGCUAAGCUAAAAUUUUAAACUUUGUACUGUUUGUCUAAGAUAGGUAGUCUGACCUCUACUAAGUCUGCGGCAGUCUGGUGCUAUGGAAACAAGAAGAGGGCAUUUUAGGGAGGGUAGCUUCGAUGAAGAGGUCUCCUUUUCUCUCGCCGAAACAAGUUCUAAAGAGGGACCCCGCUCUCCUACUUAAAAUAAUCAUACCUCGUUACCAUAGUCACCGCCACAGCUCCAGACGAAUGUCUGGCAGAGUACCUAUCUUAGACAAUCAGUAUUAUACCAUUUUUAACAUUUAUUAUUGUUGAGCUAAAACAGGGUCACAAACUCUCGGGGCUUUUUGAGAUUGGCAGAUUUGAAAUAGUAAUAAUGAAGUAGAAAAUAAUGUAUAAAACAGGAAUAAUAUAUAUAUAUAUAGAUAUACAUAUAAAAAAAGAGAGACAGCUGUUAUGUUUCUUUUAUAGUACCGUAACAAGGAUCAACAUCAAUGUAGAGAUGGGGCUGUCAUCGAAUAGCAAUGCUCGAGGUCUAAUCAUUGGUUAUAAUUUCCUAAUUUCCUUCAGCUAAAUUCUUUCAAAAUGAACUUUGAUUCUAUUCACAACAUUAAACAAUGCAGAAAUGGUUCUUUCAUAGAUAAACAAUGCUAGAGCUCUUAUCACUGGUUUGAAUUUCAUUUCAUGAAUUUCUUCAAUUCGUGUAAAACUAAAUUUUUGGGAAUCAUUCUCUUUUCUAGUAAUUUAAUUAGUGAUUUUCCUAGAUUCCUUAUUUUUUAAACAAUUCGAAAUCUUUUUCAAUUUUUAUUUGCCAGUAAGUUGCUUUUAGACUUCCCUCACCGCUUUAGACUCUUCUCUCUUCAUUGGAUUAAUUUCAUCAACUUCUUAUAGUUGAUCAAUUAAUUCUAGAAUAAUUCUCUAUUUCUUUUUAAUCAGUGUUGCAGGAGAGAUGAUGAUACUUGUUAUUAACAGAAGUUUGUUCCGUUUAACUAUUUUAUUGUACUUUAUACGCUUUCUACUUAAUUAAAGUCUGGUACAAAGAUAACAUGAAACUAUAGCAAUAGAUAUAAAAAUAGAAUAAUCAAAAAUUACAUUUAAAGAAUAUCCUAAAAAAAUUGAUGUAAUUACAUGUAAUAAAAGAAGCAUUAACUUUUUUUUUUACUGAAAUAAAAGACAGACCAAACUAAGGAUAUUUUUGUUUCUUGAAGAAAAUAUCAAAAGUUGUAGCAUAAAUUAUUUUUUAGUCUUUGUAUGAAAAAUCCUGUGAAAAACAACAAUAAAGAUACAAAGUAUUGAAAAUUAAGCUUUCAAUGUCUCUUAUGAGAGAAUAUACAAGACACUGUUCUGGGAAAGUUAGCUACAUUUAAAUUUUACAAGAUAAGUUAUAAAAAGUUUGUGAUAAAAAUGAAAACUUGUCAUAAUUUCUGAGUUAGAGAAACUGAACGGUUUUGAAUAACAACGUAAUGGCUUUUGCUUUACCAUAAGAGCUAAGGUAAAGCCAGCAAGAAGUUAAUUACCUCUGGUAAGGGCUCUUACUCUCUCAUCUAUCAGAAACUAUUUUUCAAAAAUUUUUUUUAAACCACUUUUUCCAUAUCAUAAAUCCUCAUAAAUGUUAAGUUCGAAGAUUCUUGAAAUUUGCUCUUCUAUACUUACUGAAAGAAAUAUGCUCUGGAUUUUAUUAAUUGUUUUUACUUAAUUAAAUUUGCAUUCAACUUUGUGAAAAUACUAAUUUGAUUUGUAAUCAGGUUAGUAAAGUCAUUUUUUCCCCUUUAUGUGCUGGAGAGACUAAACUGUUUCUAACAAUAAGGUAUUGGCUUUACCAUACUAGCUUUAUGGUAAAGCCAAUAAGUUUUUAAUUACCACUUGUAAAGGUUCUUACUUUCUGAUCUGUCAAAAACUAAUUUUUCUUUUAAUCUUCUACUUCCUUUACCACAUAAAUUUUUUAUGUUUGUUAACUUCGAAGACACUUAACUUUUGCUCUAUACCUUCAAAAAAAAUGUUCUGCAUCAUAUUUUGUUGUUUUUACAUUAUUUAAUUUGUAUUCAGAUUUGUAAAAAUGCUAACUCAUUAUUAAUCUUAUUUCAUAAUUUAUUCUGAAGUAUUAAUUUAUGUCUUUUAAUUUUAUUUUAUUGUGUGUUUAUUGACAAAUAAACUUAUUUUCUUGCCUAA